UGACGUGACAACCCCUGAGACAUCGUCAUCAUCAUCAUCUGCGGUGCCAGCAGGUUCCAUCCUGCGUAUGUCGACAGCCACCGCAACUGUGACAGAAGUGCACAUGCCUGUAACGGACACAUUCCUCCCUUCUGCAGGGACAGAUAACAAAGAAUUUACAGUGACAACAGAGACAGAAACUGUGAUCCAAAGCUCAGGGAUUCCAGGUUACUUCCCAACUACUGUCACAGCUAAUGGCCCAGCUUCAACUCAACCUCCUGAAACUGAGCACACAAACACACCCUGGCCUCAAUCUACUACGUCCACUUCUCCGACAGACAUUAGCUCAAGUUCCUCACAGAGCAGCAUUACAACACACCAGACACCCAACAGAGAAACUCUGACCACAGAAAAUGAAUCUACAAACUCUCCUACACUCCUUACCGACAAAUUAGUGCCUGAAUCAAGCCUGUCAUCACACCUUACCUCAGGAUCUGUAAGCGUGGAGAUGCUGACCACAACCACUAAGGUACAUCAUUCAACAUCUACUUCUGCUAGCAACACACCUCCAUCCAGUGCAUCAGCAUCAGCGACUCCAACUCCAUCAUCUUCCUCCACACCACAGUCAACGCCAACUAGCAGCUUGCACACAACCACAAAAUCCAUAGCCACUGUGUUGACCGAAAACAAGACACUAAUUGUCCCUGGAACAGAGCACACCACUGAUCAUACAAUUACAACACCUGUAUCAGCAAUGCCUUUAAGCUAUGAAGCAAGUCAAUCCACCUCACCAGAGCCCAAUAUAACAACUUCAUCACAUCUAACCACAGUCUCAAACUCUUCCCUACCAUUAUCAGCAACAACAGCAACAACAAUACCUACCACAAAGUCAGUGACAUCACCAUCAAUAUUAAACACUUCAGGUAUCCACAGCAGCAGCCGUUACCGACCAUUCAACUACUCUAUCAAGCAUAACCCAAACUACAACACAAUUGUCUACAACCAAAACAGUUUCUCCGCUCACAACAUCUAUACUUACCCAAACAGUUCCCCAGGAUCCAGCAACCGACGACAGCAUUGCACCCUCCACAGGUGCAGCAUCAUCUGCAAUGACAACCAUGCCAUAUCAAUCCAUGUCACAGCUGACAUCAAGCAUGACAUUUUCAGAGUCCAACACACACAUAUCUACCACCCAAACAAAAACUACCAAUAUCCCAUCACAACUAACAACAUCCCCAGAUGCUGCUCACAUGUCAGGCUCUUCUGAAGGCACAAUCACAAAUAUACCAGUAUCCUCUCCAACAUUGUCUCAACUAACAGCAUCUACUAUGGUAGACAUUGUAACUGACUCUACAAG